AUGAAGAGGGGAGGGGGAAGAGAAGAUCUUGUUUUUUUAAACAUUUAUUACGUACAUGAACCGCAUGCAUUGGUUUCGCUAAAAACUUUUUCUUUCAAUCUACAGCGCGAUGCUCAACGGCGUUGUGCUGAUUCUGUAAAUGUUGUUGGCGAUGGUCGGCAAUUAAAUGACGCCUUGUUGCAUCCAAUUUUCCCUUUCCCCGCAUCAAAUCAGUUAAUUGUUCAUUCAGCUUUGGACUGGACUGGACGGAACGGGACGAGACGGGAUGGGGAAUGGAGCCGGGGUGACGGGGUAGGGGAGUGGAGUAAUGUGGCGAUGGGGAAGCAGCAAUAG